AGCGGUGGUUGCCGGGGUGACGGCAGGCGAGCUGGCGAGCUGGAGGAGUGAGAGCACCGCCGGGUAGCAGCCAGCUGUAGGUCUGAAUCUCUCGCAGAUGGAGAGAUGGCAUCGUCACCGCAUGCCAGAACAUUAUGAGCAGUUUAUUUCUUUCUCCACAAAGUAGAUCCUUAGCCCAGCGGUUAUUUGGACUAAUUUAACUGAGCUAAGGAGACUCAGGACGUUCAUCCAACAGAAGGUUCAAGGGUUGCCUUGAACUCACGGGAGAUACACACUUGCUGACCAAGCCUGAUGGCUCGGAACCCCAGGAUCCACACUUCGGAAGGAGGGAACCAACUCCUGCCUCGUCUCUGGCAAUGUCAGCAUAGGUUUAAUUCUAGCCCUGGAGAGACGAGAUUUCUGCUGUGAGAAUUACCGGGAACCGUUCAUUAUGGGGGAUAUCCUGGCUCAUGAAUCUGAAUUACUUGGACUAGUGAAAGAGUAUUUAGAUUUUGCUGAAUUUGAAGACACCUUGAAGACGUUUUCAAAAGAAUGCAAAGUAAAAGGAAAGCCACUGUGUAAAACCGUUGGGGGGUCGUUAAAGAAGGACUCCAAGUUGCUCGUCAUCCAGAAGGAUUUGGUGGCAGCCUUUGACAGUGGAGACCAGAAAGCGUUCUUUGACUUGUGGGAGGGACACAUUCCCAGCUCCAUCAGAGAUACCGACUUGAUGGCCCAGAAGCUGGAAUUCUACCUUCACAUCCACUUUGCCAUCUACCUUCUCAAGUCUUCUGGAGGCAGGCCGGACAAACAGGAGCUAGAUGAAAGGAUUUCGUAUUUCAAAACCUACCUGGAGACCAAAGGGGCCGCCCUGAGCCAGAGCACGGAGUUUCUUCCCUUCUAUGCCCUCCCCUUUGUGCCCAAUCCCAUGGUCCACCCCUCAUUUAAAGAACUCUUCCAGGAUUCUUGGACUCCAGAAUUAAAGCAGAAGUUGGAAAAGUUUUUAGCUUUAAUUUUUAAAGCCAGUAACACACCAAGGCUUUUGACCAUCUAUAAGGAGAAUGGACCGAAUAGCAAAGAAAUGUUGCAGCAGCUUCACCAGCAGCUGGUGGAGGCGGAGCGCCGGGCCAUGACCUACCUGAAGCGGUACAAUAAGAUCCAAGCCGACUACCACAACCUCAUCGGCGUCACCGCAGAGCUGGUGGAUUCUCUGGAGGCCACCGUCAGCGGGAAGAUGAUCACCCCCGAAUACCUGCAGAGCGUCUGCGUCCGCCUCUUCAGUAAUCAGAUGCGGCAGAGCUUGGCACACAGUGUGGACUUCACAAGACCUGGGACGGCCUCAACCAUGUUACGCGCCUCCUUGGUACCUGACAGGAAGUUGAAGGAUGUCCCGUUACUGCCCUCCCUGGAUUAUGAGAAGCUGAAGAAGGAUUUGAUUUGGGGGAGUGACCGCUUGAAAGCCUUCUUGUUGCAGGCUCUGCGCUGGCGCUUGACCACGUCCCAUCCUGGGGAGCAGAGGGAGACCGUCCUGCAAGCCUACAUCAGCAAUGACCUCUUGGAUUGCCACAGCCACAACCAGAGGAGCGUGCUACAACUGCUGCACUCCAAGAGCGAGGCUGUGCGACAGUACAUGGCCAGGCUCAUCAACGCCCUGGCCUCCCUGGCUGAAGGUCGUCUCUACCUGGCCCAGAACACAAAGGUGCUGCGGAUGCUGGAGGGAAGGCUCAAGGAGGAAGACAAGGAUGUCAUCACCCGGGAGAAUGUCCUCGGGGCAUUGCAGAAGUUCAGCCUCAGGCGGCCACUGCAGACGGCGAUGAUUCGAGAUGGCCUCAUCUUCUGGCUGAUUGACCUGCUGAAGGACCCUGACUGCCUGUCCGACUACACGCUGGAGUACUCUGUGGCUUUGCUCAUGAACCUCUGCCUCCGCAGUGCAGGAAAGAACAUGUGUGCUAAGGUGGCGGGUCUCAUGCUGAAAGUUCUUUCGGAUCUCCUUGGACAUGAAAACCAUGAGAUACAGCCAUACGUGAAUGGGGCCCUGUACAGCAUCCUCUCCAUCCCGUCCAUCCGUGAGGAGGCCAGAGCCAUGGGGAUGGAGGAAAUCCUGCGGUGCUUCAUCAAAGAAGGCAGCGCCGAAAUGAUCCGCCAAAUAGAGUUUAUCAUCAAGCAGCUGAAUUCUGAAGAUUUACCGGAUGGUGUUCUUGAAUCCGACGAUGACGAAGAUGAAGAUGAUGAAGAGGAUCAUGACAUCAUGGAAGCUGACCUGGACAAAGAUGAACUGAUCCAGCCCCAGCUUGGAGAACUCUCAGGAGAGAAGCUUCUAACCACAGAGUACUUGGGGAUCAUGACCAACACGGGGAAGGCACGGAGGAGAGGGCUGGCCAGUGUGCAGUGGAGUGGGGAUGAGCCCCUUCGUCGGCCGGUCACCCCUGGUGGCCACAGGACAGGGUGCCCAGUGCUAGGAGACCAUCUCGUUUCUCCCCAGAAUGCCCAACAAACCAGAAACAGCUGCCUGCGGGCCAUGCCAGCCGCUCAGCCAGACGACUACACGGAGAGCAAGCCUGGUGUUGCUGGGCGUGGCACGUUCUCGGCACUUAUGGAUCACAGACCAAGAGAGUGGUCACCAUCUGGACACCAGGAGUCUCGCUCGAUUCCCACAGCAGCGCUCAGUUGGCCAAGGGAGAUAACCCAGGACCCAAGCAGUGGACACACCACCAGGAAGUUCACACCAGCCUUCACCUGCAAGCCCCAGGUACCCAGUACUCCAGAGACCGUGGAGCAGAAUGCACAGAAGGCAAAAGCAUUGUCUCUGGCCCCUCAGUUCUCCUUGAGUGGCCCCCAACAGGCCAGCCGUCCAGCUUCCACAGUGUCCUCCAUGAGAGGCCUACACAGCAGCCAGUCCUCCAGGAAAUGAAGAUGGCUUCCUUCCCAAGCCCUGACCAUCACGUUGUCCGAGGACCCCAACGGCUGGCUUCCGGUUCUCCAUCAGCCAG